CACUAGGGCAAUAGCUGCGGGAGCUUUGUAAGUCUGUCCAGCACCAAGACCUGCUGGAACCCUCUUGGCUGCCAAGCUGACAGUCGCUCUGGACUGGACCCUGAGUAGUGCUAAGUGCCUCUGUUAAUGGGAACUGAAGCCACUCAGCACCUCCCUGGAUCCAGCCCUCUCUCAAGAUCUGACCUGUGUGAACUGGCCCAUGAGUCCUGAGCCCAGCAUUCAAACACGAGGAGCUGCUGCCUGGUUGUCCAGUUGAAAAAGGAGCAGGGCUCCCUCUGAGCACCAGCUGUUUCCGCCCUAAUGGAGGAAGCUUUUCGCUUGGCUUUGUGUGUGAUGAUGGGUCUGCUGCUCCUGCGGGGAUCGCGCCUGGCAGGAGCUAUCGAGACUGGAAAUGCUGUCAGUAAGGGCAGCGAUGAGGAAGGAAAAGGGGCAACGGAUCCGCAGACGCUGACUGUCACAACAAUCCUGCUAGACCCCUAUGCGAUGGCAAGAGGCACAGAGCUGGAGGGCUACUGCCUAGAUCUGCUGGAUGCACUCGCCAAGAUGCUGCACUUCAACUACAAGGUGACGAUAGUGAAAGAUGGCCGCUACGGGGCGGUCUCCUCCGGCGGGAACUGGACCGGGAUGGUUGGCGAGAUCGUCAGACAGGAAGCAGACCUCGCUGUGGCUCCCUUGACGAUCACGUCAGCGAGGGACGAGGUGAUUUCCUUCACCAUGCCAUUCCUGGCCACGGGGAUUGGGAUCCUGCUCAGGAAGGAGGCUGCCUCCCAGGGUGCCUCUCUCUUCGGCUUCCUCGCUCCCUUCAGUAAGGAGACCUGGACUGGCGUGAUGGUUGCUUACCUGCUGACCUGCCUCUGCCUGUUUCUUGCAGCCAGGCUGAGCCCCUGUGAAUGGAAGGAGCCCAAGAGUGAGGAGAACCACUUCACCUUUCUGAACAGCCUCUGGUUUGGAGCGGGAGCUCUUACCCUGCAAGGUGCAGCACCUCAUCCCAAAGCACUGUCCGGGCGAAUCAUUGCUGCCAUCUGGUGGCUCUUCACCAUCUCUCUGCUGGCUGCCUACAUUGCCAAUUCCACCGCCUUGCUGCGCUCUGGGAACGAGCCGCUCCCGAUCCAGACUUUUGAAGAUCUCGUGAAGCAGAGAGAGAUCGAGUUUGGGACAAUAGAAGGUUCCUCCACGUUUCAGUUCUUCAAGAACUCCAGGAAUCCCAUCCAUCAGAUGAUCUACGAGUACAUGGACAAGAGGAGAGACUACGUUUUAGUCAAAAACUACCACGAGGCAGUUCAGCGUGUGCUGGAAUCGAAUUACGCCUUCAUCGGGGAAUCCAUAACCCAAGACCUUCUCGCGGCCAGGCACUGCAAUUUGAUCAGGGCCCCCGAGGUCGUUGGAGCGAGGGGAUUCGGCAUCGCUACAGCAAAGGGAUCACCAUGGGCCAAUAAACUCUCCCUUGCUGUCCUGAAACUGGGCGAAUCAGGCAACCUGGACUACCUGCGUAACAAGUGGUGGGAGACCACCUGUUUCCAUAAGGGCCCAGACACAUGGAGUCCUCUGAAACCCCAAGCCAUGGGUGGACUUUUCCUGGUUCUUGCGAUCGGCCUCGCACUGGGAGUGAUUGUGGCUUUGGUGGAGUUGUCAAACAGGAGCCGACGUGCUGCUGAACGGGAGAAGAAAUCUUGCUGCUCUGUUCUCAUCGAGGAGAUGAGUCAUCGGUUCAGAAUAAAAGAAGGUGCAAGAGAGAAUCCAGAAAAGGUUAAACCAUAAGAAGCUCUUUGGGGAAUGGAGUCUCAGUAUUAAUCAAUUUCUUUCCUACUGUGUGUAUUCACUAGUAGCUGUUUCUCUGCACUGGCACUAUCUCUCUGUACGCCUAGAGUGUAGCUUCCCUAGCACUAGGAAAGGUCAGUCUCUGUAACGAUUGAACCGCAUGCAGAGAACUACAUAGCUCAGAGGACUGAUUCCAGAUCCUAGCCGCUCUAGAGUGCUAAAUUCAGUCUAGCGCUGAUGACUGAAGAUGUCAGCAUCUGAUGGCUGUUGGGUGGCCUACGUAAAACCAUCCCAGCUCAAAGGUUGAGGACUGAGCAAACGUGGCGAGUGAGCACCUCAUUCAUACAAGGUUCUGUCUACACUGGACUUGUCGGUGUGGCUGCAGCACCUAACAGUAGCAGCGAAGCCUUAGCAGCACGAGCCGGAUAGUGCCCCCCGCUGCUGGGUAUGUUUUGAAGCAAUUAGCCCAUGUUGCCACAGCUUCACUUCUCUUGUUAUUUGAACUAGCUUGGGUAUGUCUGUGCGCCACAGUCACACCUGACUGCCGUGUAGACAUACCCUUAGCAUAUGGCGGCUCUGCAGCUGGGGACGUGACUGGCAGCUUGUGUAGGGUAAGCUAGCUCGAGUACCAGCUAGCACAGGUCUGUCUACAGGCUGGGCCAGGCCUGCCCUCGGCUGCAGGGUAGAUGUACCUUUAGAAGUGGACCCUGCAGCUCGGAGUUGAGGCACAUAAGCAACAGCCGCUGAUGCGUCUCUGCACUGUCCCCUGGGCUGUACCUGCUCUGUGACGAAGCAGAGGAUUGUGGCUGUCAAGCCAGCAACUUCCAUCAGUGGUAAUUGCUCAAAACUGGAGCUGCAAGUGAAGGGGGAUCAGUGUGAAUAUUCUAGAACCAAGCAUAGGAGACUAGAAUGAGACUUUAAGAGCAGCAUAAGAUAGAAUGAGCAGCAUUGGGUGGGGGGAAGGAUAGCUCAGUGGUUUGAGCAUUGGCCUGCUAAACCCAGUGUUGU